ACUCUUCCCAUCAUGUCGUCGCAGACACCCAUGUUCGCCUCUUCCCCGCUCUCCAUCACGUCUCCCCGCCGCACCCCCAAAUCACGCUUCACAUACCGCCAACUCCACCAGCUCAAAUCAUACAGCCCGCAAACCCCACUCCGCGUAAUCGCACAUGUCGAUCUCGACGCCUUCUACGCGCAAUGCGAGACCGUACGUCUCGGAAUCGACCCUACCAAACCCCUAGCAGUCCAGCAGUGGCAAGGUCUCAUCGCUAUAAACUAUCCCGCUCGCGCAUUCGGUCUGAAUCGCCAUAUUACAAGCACAGAGGCGCUCAAAGCGUGUCCAGAGCUCAUACUCCAGCACGUGGCGACUUGGAAAGAGGGCGAUGAGAAGUGGGCCUACCAUGAGGACGCGUUCAAACAUAUUGGAACGCAUAAAGUUUCUCUGGACCCGUAUCGCACUGAAAGCAGGAAGAUUCUGGAAUGUAUCAAAGAAGCGCUUCCGGAGAAGGAGCAGCGGGUUGAGAAGGCGAGUAUAGAUGAGGUGUUUAUGGACUUGAGUGCGCAGGUGCAUACGAUUCUUUUGGAGAGGUAUCCGGAGCUGAAUGGUCCGCCGCCGUAUAGCGAUCCGAGCGAGUACUUGCCCAAGGUGCCGACGACAGUGCUGGAUUGGAAGGCUGAUGCGCUGGUGGAUACGGGGGAGGACGACGGCGAGAUGGAGGAUCCGGAUUGGGACGAUGUAUGCAUAGCCAUCGCCUCGGAGAUUGUGCGUGGGGUUAGGGCGCAGGUCAAAGAACAGUUGGGAUAUACGUGUUCUGGUGGGAUUUCAAAGAACAAGAUGAUUGCGAAACUGGGCUCAGGACACAAGAAACCGAACCAACAAACCGUCAUCCGAAGUCGUGCCAUCAAGCACUUCCUGGGCGAGAUGAAGUUCACAAAGAUCCGCAUGCUGGGUGGGAAGCUGGGAGACGAGGCUGUGGCCAUGUUCGGCACGGACAAGGUCACGGAUCUGUUGGAGCAGCCGUUGGAGCAGUUGAAGCGGUUAGGCGAUGAUACGGGCUCGUGGCUGUACAGUACGAUUCGAGGGGAAGAUCAUAGCGAAGUCAAUCCGCGCACACAAAUCAAGAGCAUGCUUUCGGCAAAAUCGUUCCGUCCCGCCAUCAAUUCGUUCGAACAGGGUGUACGGUGGUUGCGCAUCUUCGUCGCAGAUAUCUUCUCGAGAUGUGUGGAAGAAGGUGUGCUGGAGAACAAAAGAAGACCAAAGACUAUCACUCUCCACCAUCGCCAGGGCACACAAAUGCGUAGCCGCGGGAGUCCCGUUCCUCAAGGGAAACCCCUCUCAGAAGCUAUACUAUUCGAUCUAGCAAAGAACCUCCUCGCUCAGGUCGUGGUAGAUGGUAGGGCGUGGCCUUGCAUCAACCUCUCACUCAGCGUUGGCGGAUUCGAGGAGGGCAUCACAAACAACAAGGGCAUCGGGAGCUUUCUUGUCCGAGGCGCCGAAGCAAAAGCCAUGCUCUCAUCCAAUCGCUCCACCGUCGGUGGUGGCGAGCCUCCCGCCAAACGCCGCCGCACCAAGGGCAACAUCAAAAACUUCUUUGGCCCACCGAGUAAGGAGAAGACCGAGUUCGACGCUGCAAGGGCUGUCAUGAGAGCUCACCAGGAAUCUACCAAGGAAGACACCGAAGAGGAUGUAGAAACAUUACACGAUAUCAACGACAACGACGCCGACGACGAUGCCUUCGGGAUACCCUCAGAAGACAGAGAGCAGCAACAACACCCCCAACAAAACCCUGACAAAGCAAUCCCCAUAACCCGAACUACCCCUUCCACACCUCCUCCAAGAGAACAACAACAAUCACACACUCACAUCAAUAACGACACCAACAGCACACCCCCCUCAGCACAACCCCAGCCUCCUUCCUCCCCCUCUCACUCCCCUCCAUCCCACCAACCCCCGCUCCCAAACCCUUCCCUCUCCCUGCUCGCCCAACCAGAAAUCAAAACGUACUUCUGCGACAAAUGCAACAUGCACCUCCCCACCACCGAUAAGCCAGAACACACAGACUAUCACUACGCCAUUGAUCUCUCCAAGGAAAUGCGUCAGCAGGACCGUGCUGCUGCUGCUCAAGCACAGGCUCAAGCUCAAGCCCAAGCUUCGGCGAAGAAGACGCCUCCUGUUGGGUCAAAACCUUUGAGGGGGAGGGGGAGGCCUCCGGGUGGGAACGGCGGCGGGGUUGAGAAGGGGCAGGCCAAGCUGGCUUUUGGGCCUCGGUAGGGUAAGAUAGUUUCACGUUGGAUCUUUCUUGCAAGAGAAUUUUUUUUUUUGGUUUGGAUGGCAGGGUGUGAAUGCGGGGAUUGGCGAUCUGGUUUUGCCUUUUUUGGGUCUUUUUUACGAUUUGUGGAUAUUCCUUU